AUGAGCUCAAUGCGGGCAGCAGCUGCACAUGUGCAAGAGGAUCAGUCAGAGCAGAAUCCCUGUGAGCAUUGCUUAGGUAAACAGUUUGCAUUUAGACGUGCGGCCUGGAAGAUCAUGCCACGAGGCAACGAGCCUUCGCCUGUGCAGCUCAGUGAGGCGUCGCGUCCAGAUGAAGGUAGCCAGAUCGCCUCGAAUGGAUACUCUGGCAUCAGCUGUAGUUUGGCAUCCCCAGCGAAGGCACAGCGGCGCCUUAUGUUGGACCCCACGUGGCUUAUCCUCGCCGACCCACGAAGCUCCGAUGAGGCUGUCAUUACUACAGUUUGGCCAUUGUGGCAGGUGCAGUCGCUCAUUGACAGGAGCGACCCAAGAACUCUUCAGAUUGGCAUGAAUGCCCACCAGCCGGGCAUGAAGCACGGAGAAGCUAUCGCGUACAAUCCACCAAUCAGCACCUACUUCACGCUAACUCUCAACUUCAGCGAUGUGAAAGCAUGCAACGAGGCAGCUGUGCACCUGCAAAUGCGGCGGCUGGCUAUUCGAACUCAGAUGUUGCAAAAGGCAACUGGUUUCAUUGAGAAAUGCCAAGCUGGCCAAGAUGGUUUAGCGGAGCAAGAUCCACCUGUAGCAUUAGAAUCGGUGAUAGCAAGUGUUUUCUGA